AUGUCGUCUGGACUUGCUUCCGAUGAAGUCGCUGAGGAUUACAAGAAUUCUCUGGAGGAUCUAACCACAAAUGACAGGUUUCAGAUCAGCAAUUUGACUGUCAUAGCCAAGGAGAAUACGGAGCAUGCUAUGGCCAUCUCCCGCGUGCUGGAGAAUCAUAUCCGAACAACACCACCAGCACAGAAGCUUCCUGCCUUGUAUGUAGUCGAUUCCAUCGUGAAGAACGUAGGAACUCCCUACACGCUCUUCUUGGGUCGCAAUAUGUAUCAGACUUUCAUGAAUGCCUACACAUUGGUCGACUCGCAGACCCGCAGGAAGCUGGAUGAGAUGCUCAAGACCUGGAAGGAGCCUGUCCCGGGAUCCCUAGAUACGAGACCUGUUUUCCCUCCUGAGAUCACCCGCAGCAUUGAAAGCGCUCUGAUCAAGGCGAGAACAGCGGCGCUGCAGCAACAACAGGCUCGGAGCCAACAAGAUGUACUCAACCGUGGCCGUGUGGGCACUCCUCCUCAAGGCUGGAGCAAUAACCCGGCUGCGACUCACAAUGCGGCUCGUUCAACGUCUGCCGCGAACCAGAAUGGGCAUGCGCAUCAUGUUCGAAAUGGACAUGGUCAAGGUUAUCAAUCCUCGCUGGAUCCGCGGUCCACUCCGACUCCUCAACUUCCACUGCGUUCGAAUGUGAAUCUGGUAGCUUUGAAUCGUGAUAUUGAUACAUUAAUCACGACAGCUCGAGCUGAUUUUGCCAAUAAUCCCCUUGAUCCUUCCGUGCAACAGCGACUCAAGGCUCUGUUAGAUCUUCAAGGGAUUCUUCAGCGUCAGGAGCUCACACAAGAGCAGCUGAAGCUGGUUCGGGACCAGGUCUCUGCUUUGACGCCGAAACCUGCUGUUUCCACCCCUCAGGCCAUCCCACCUGUCAUUCCAGUAAUCCCAACUCCUAACAUGGCCAUCCCACCGACCCAGACUCUCUCCCAGCCUCUCCAGCAGCUUCUUAACCCGGGGACAUUAGCCGAGCUCAUCAAAGCUACUGCUGCACGUCAACAACCUACUCCACCGCCGCAGAUCUCCAGUAUCCUACCACAGAUGCCAAUGAACACUAGCACCUCGCAACCAGCGACUGGGCCCGCAGCGGAAAGCCCUCUGAUUGCAGCUCUUCGCGCGCGCGGCCUUCUUCCUCCUGCCUCAGCACCUCCCGCUUCUACUGCGGUCCCUUCAUCCAAUAUUGGCCCUGCCUUUCCAUUCAUUGUGCCUGGGCAGGUGCGAUAUACGCCUCCCGUGUCUAUGCCACAGGUGCCCAAUUCCUCUACUAUGACCGUCAAUGUUCAAAUGAACACGGCAUCUAUCAAAAUUCCGCGAGAAGGUUUAAUUGCCAGCCUUUACGAAGCGAGGUCCAAUCGAUGCGGAACAUGCGGGCGUCGAUUCUUUGCGACCGAAGAAGGGAAGGAGAAGAAGGCUCGUCAUUUGGACUGGCACUUCGCGACCAACCAGCGGAUGGCAGACGCAGCCCGGCGAGCUCAGAACCGCAGCUGGUAUGUUGAUGAACGGGAUUGGAUCAAAUCCCGAGAAGCUGGAGAUGACCAGGACGUGACGGAGAUAGACGCUCCCACCGACGGUGCUGUAGGAACCGACGGCAGCUCGGCCAAGAAAGGGCCUCCCAAACAAUGGAUCCGGGCUCCCAACGAUGCGACGUUGCGGAACACGCCCUGUCCAAUCUGCCAAGAAAAGUUUGAGUCGACGUGGUCUGAGGAUGUCCAGGACUGGAUAUGGCAGGAUGCCGUUAAAGUUGGGAAUCGUGUCUACCAUGCGAGCUGCUAUGCGGAAGUCACUAAGGACGGGCCCACUCCGGCUAGCCGUAGUACUCCUUUGGCACGGACUGGAACUCCGGACUCCGUAUUGGGCAAACGCAAGGCAGAGGGUACUGACUCACCUGGCUCAAAUGUCCGAAUCAAAAUGGAACCUGCGUGA